AUGUUUGGGUUACCGAGGUUCUUUGGAUUUAGAGGCAGAGCCCUGAACUUGGCGAUCAGUUCGCUGGGCAGUCUUGAUUUCUUGCUUUUCGGAUAUGAUCAGGGUGUCACCGGGGGUCUCCUGGACCUGCCCUCGUUCAUUAAAUACUUCCCCGACAUCAAUGACAAGGCGGAGGGCAUCGACCAAGCUCUGAAAUCGCAGCGCAGUUUGAACCAGGGCAUUGCCGUCGCAUCGUACAAUUUAGGAUGCUUUGUGGGCGCCAUCUUGACAAUCUUCAUCGGAAAUCCGCUCGGUCGACGCAAGACCAUCUUUAUCGGCUGCUGCACAAUGGCAACGGGGGCUCUCUUGCAAUCCACCGCGUUUCAUUUGCCGCAUUUUAUUAUCGGUCGCAUUGUGACUGGGAUUGGGAAUGGUAUGAACACGAGUACGGUACCCACCUGGCAGUCCGAGUCAUCCAAAGCCCACGAUCGUGGAAAGUUGGUCAUGAUUGAGGGUAUGCUCAUCACGGGAGGCAUUACACUCAGUUACUGGAUCAACUACGGGUUUUCGUUUAUCCCCAACAGUGAGGUGGCGUGGCGCUUUCCACUGGCCUUCCAGAUUCUGUUCGCCGUGGUGAUUUUCAUCUCGAUUAUGAACCUGCCGGAGUCUCCCCGAUGGCUUGUGAUGCAGGGCCGCAACGACGAGGCUUUGGAAAUUCUCGAGUACCUGAAUGAGAAGCCCCGCGACGACCCCUAUAUCGUCAACGAAUUCAAAUCGAUCCAGGAGACGGUGAAGGAGAUGUCCAAGGGCUCUUACCGAAGUCUGUUCGACAUGAGCGAGUACCGAGAAUUCCAUCGUGUCGCACUCGCCUAUGUCAAUCAAAUGUUCCAGCAGAUAUCUGGAAUCAACCUGAUCACGUACUAUGCUCCCUCUCUGUACGCCGAGAUUGGUCUGGGCGAGGGCAAUCUGCCGAAGUUGCUCGCCGCCUGUAACGGCACAGAAUACCUCAUGGCUGCAUUUAUCCCGAUCUUCAUCAUCGAAAAGGCUGGACGCCGGCCACUCAUGCUCUUUGGGGCUGCAGGCAUGUCGAUUUCUAUGGCUGUGCUGGCGGGCACCAACUACCGGUUGACGCACCUCGGUGACAGCCGAGCUGGUAUUGGACAGGCCGUCUUCCUUUUCGUCUUCAACACCUUCUUCGCCAUCGGUUGGCUGGGAAUGACCUGGUUAUACCCGGCAGAGAUUGUGCCCCUGCGCAUUCGUGCACCCACCAACGCACUGGCAACCAGCGCGAACUGGAUCUUCAACUUCAUGGUGGUGAUGAUUACGCCUGUUUCAUUCACCAACAUCGGGUACAAGACCUAUGUCAUCUUCGCGGUCAUCAAUGCAUUUAUGUUCCCCUGUGUGUACUUCUUCUUCCCGGAAACUCGCUACCGUUCCCUGGAGGAGAUGGACAACAUCUUCAAGAAGUCUACGAACGUCUUCGACGCGGUGACCAUCUCGAUCAAAGAGCCUUACCGCUACGAUAAACACGGUCAACUGAAGCCAGAGUACCUCGAGGAGGCCAUCCGUCGCGAGAGCGCUACAGCCCCGGCACCCACCAAGCCCUUCGAAAGCGAUGACAGUACCACUGAGGUCAAGGCUUGA